AUGAGUUCUAUUUCUGAUGGCGUUCGUCAUUUCGCCAGAAACGGGGGAGGAUGUCUCUUGGACGGCGUCAACCUGAACGUCCUAUUAAAGCCAAUCGGCUGCAGUACAACGGGAGUCACUUUCCCUAUUCAUUUGUUCUCUCCCUCCUCUCUUCGCCUGGCUUCUGUCUCUCUGGCCCAUCAACUGAAGACGACACGUUUGCUAGGACUGCGUCAUCGGCUUCAUUUGGCCACUGUCCUCCCCAACUUCCAGAAAGGGGAUGGCCGGUGGCAGACGGGAUUGCGUGCAGACCAGAUUACUUGA